AUGCAGAGGAGUUCCCAUGGCAAGGGAUUAGGGCGACUCUGCAACUCUCCGGAUUCACCUUGUGAACUCAGUUUCUCCUUCUACACAACAGGUAAAUUCAUAUCUUUCAUGGCUGUGUUGGAGAACGCGGGAUAUGCAGUGUCUCUCUUUCUCCUCCGCGGCGUACGCCAAGAGGCAGAAAGACAUCAGGCACAAACUGAGAGUAGCACCAUGAGGUCGUUCUCGGCAGCCAUUGCAAUUUGGCUGACCGUUUUUAUAUCUUCAACACUGUCACAGGACAUAUUUUCAUGUACAAAUGGAUGGGAACUUAGAGGAUUGUACUGUUAUAAAUACUUCAACAUAAAACACUCAUGGGAGAAAGCAGCAGAACUCUGUCGAAGAUAUGGAGCAGAACUAGUCGCUAUUGAAUCCUACACGGAGAACAAUGUUACUCAAGCCAUCGUGUCUGCUGGUGAACUCAAUAGGAGGUCAUCGGACAAGUACUGGCUGGGCUUAGCGUCUCUGGAUGACCUGCGAACAAACACGCUAGAAUCAGCGGCAGGAACUCUGGUGUCGCAGUACUCGGGCUUUUGGUCCCUCAACCAGCCCGACCCGCGCUCUGGGGAGUGCGUGGCGGUGUCUGUGGCCAAUAUGAUGCAAUCCUGGGAACUGAGCACCUGCGAGAGCCUUCUGCCCUUCAUGUGCCGCGCCCCAGCGUGUCCCCACAACUCCAUUCACUGUGCCAACGGGGCCUGCGUCAAUCAUGCCUUCAAGUGUGAUGGCAAUGACGACUGUGGCGAUGGCUCGGAUGAACUUGAUUGUCCGGCUUCGUGUCACUUCCACAUGCAGUCCGGUGGGGAUGUGAUUGAGUCACCAAACUUUCCCCACAAGUACGGCGCGCUGGCCAAGUGUAAAUGGACACUGGAGGGUCCAUUGGGCAGCAAUAUUGUCCUACAAUUCCAGGAGUUCGACACUGAGAAGACCUUCGACACUGUUCAGGUUCUUGUUGGCGGCAGGACGGAGGACAAAUCGGUGUCCCUGGCCACGCUCUCUGGGAAGCUAGAUCUCACCAGCAAACCGUUCGUCACGGCAUCCAAUUUUAUGAUUGUUAAGUUUGUCACGGAUGGCAGCGUUGAAAGGAAAGGAUUCAGAGCCACGUGGAAGACAGAACCACAAGUCUGCAGUGGCACACUCCAGGCUACAUCGCAAGGACAGAUGCUGACCAGCCCGGGAUAUCCCAAAAUCUAUCCUGGUGGUCUUGAGUGUCUGUACAUCAUCCAGGCGCAGCCCGGAAGGAUAAUCUCGCUGGAAGUGCAAGAUCUCGACCUUAAUCCUGUGCAAGACUACGUUCUGGUCAGAGAUGGAGACAGUCCCAAGAGUCGACCCAUUGCCAGGCUCACUGGUAAUGCUAGGGAUAACGUUAAAGUGAUUAUGUCCACCGGAAGCAAGCUUUAUGUGUACUUCAAGACAAAUCUCGGCGAUUCACGCAAGGGCUUCAGUCUUCGUUACACCCAAGGCUGCAAGGCAACGAUCUUCGCUCGAAAUGGCACUGUGGCUUCUCCAGCUUUUGGACUCAGUGACUAUCCCAGUAAUCAGGAGUGUUUAUUCAAGAUCAAGAACCCCACUGGCGGGCCACUGUCGCUGCGCUUCAACAGAUUCAACGUCCAUUCAACGGACUUUGUUCAAGUGUUCGAUGGCGCUUCAACGUCUGGCUUAAGACUACAUUCUGGGAAUGGAUUUACAGGUGCCACCAAGCCUAAACUCACGCUCACAGCCUCAUCUGGAGAAUUACUUCUGAAAUUCGUUAGUGAUGCUUUGCAUAAUAGUCCAGGAUGGUCAGCGAUCUUUUCAGCCGAUUGUCCUGAAUUGAAGCCUGGACAUGGAGCUCUAGCAUCCUCAAGAGAUACAGCUUUUGGAACUGUUAUUACCUUCACUUGUCCUGUGGGUCAGGAGUUUGCGACAGGAAAGAAUAAACUGAGCACAACAUGUCAGGAAAGCGGAAGUUGGAGCAUCGAUUAUAUUCCAAAGUGCCAGGAAGUCUACUGUGGACCAGUGCCCCAGAUUGACAAUGGCUUCUCAAUUGGAUCAUCCAACGUGACUUACAAAGGAAUUGCUAUGUAUCAGUGUUAUGCCGGAUUCGCCUUCCCUUCGGGCAGUCCUAUUGAAAAAAUCUCCUGCUUAGCCGAUGGAAGAUGGGAAAGACAGCCAUCAUGUUUGGCUUCCCAAUGUUCUCCUCUUCCGGAAGUAGCCAACGCUAAUAUGACUUUAUUGAAUGGCGGUGGACGCAGUUAUGGCACAAUUGUGAGAUUUGAGUGCGCUCCUGGUUAUGAGAGAACAGGACACCCGGUUCUUAUAUGUAUGUCCAACGGCACAUGGAGUAACGAUGUACCGAGAUGCUCGAGGAAGCGCUGUUACACUUAUCCAGAUGUUAAGAAUGGAUUUGUUGUGGACACAACUAGACAGUAUUUCUACGGAGAUGAGGCUAGGAUUCAAUGCUACAAAGGAUACAAACUCAGUGGAAGCAACAUCAUCAAAUGCGAUGAGAAUCAAGAGUUUAGCAAUCUUCCUACUUGCGAUGAUAUUAACGAGUGCAGCUCUUCACAGUGUGAUCUCGCCUCGACUGAGUGCAUGAACACUGCUGGAUCUUUCUAUUGCCAAUGCAAAAAGGGCUUCUCUCCUACGACCGAAUGCCGUCCCGUUGGAGAUCUAGGUCUGGCCAAUGGCGGCAUCUCAGACGACAGCAUUUCCGUUUCUUCGACUGAAGAGGGCUAUGCUAAGAGCCUCUUGCGAUUGACCUCGACAGGAUGGUGUGGAAGUUCAACGGAGCCUGGAAGCAACUGGGUUCUGAUUGAUUUCAAGGCACCGACAAUCCUCAGAGGAUUCCGAACAAUGUCUGUCCAGCGCAAUGAUGGAAUUGUGGCCUUCACGUCAGCUAUUCGUCUUCAGUACACCGAUGAUCUGACCGAUGUCUUCAAGGAUUACGCCAAUCCCGAUGGCACAGCGGUUGAGUUCAGGAUCCUAGAACCCACUCUAUCCAUCCUGAAUCUUCCCAUUCCCAUUGAGGCUCGCUAUAUACGCUUCCGCAUUCAAGACUUCGUAGGAUCUCCGUGCAUGCGUCUCGAGGCAAUGGGAUGCACUCGUUUGGACUGCGUAGAUGUGAAUGAGUGCACGAAGAACAACGGCGGAUGUGACCAGAAGUGUGUAAAUUCUCCUGGAAACUACCAGUGCGCCUGCAAUUCCGGCUAUGAGCUGUACUUGGGAAAUGGAACAGCUGGAUUCUUCAUUGAGUCAUCCGAGAGUGGUGAGCGUGACGGUGAUACACUGCAGAAGAAUAAGACGUGCGUUCCGGUCAUGUGUCCAUCACUCUCAUCGCCGGAGAAUGGAAAACUGCUGACCACAAAGACACAACAUCACUUUGGAGAUCUCGUGUCGUUCCAAUGCAAUUUUGGCUACGUCAUGUCCGGCAGUGCGUCACUACUCUGCCUCUCGAAUGGACAAUGGAAUGCAUCGGUACCUGAGUGCAUGUAUGCCAAGUGUGUCUCUUUGCCUGAUGACAAGCAAUCCGGGCUUGCCGUGCUGCGACCUGAUCAGGAAAGUGUUCUCGUACAAUUCAGAGAUAAUGUCACACUCACUUGUGGCUCAGCUGGACGAAAGUUGAGAAGCACGGCUAGUUCAGGCUUCAGGCAGUGCGUGUAUGAUCCCAAGCCAGGACUUCCUGACUAUUGGCUUUCAGGCACUCCUCCAGCUUGCCCACGAGUUGACUGUGGAAUGCCAAUGGCAACUCCCGGAGCUGAAUAUGGACAAUUCGUGGAUACAAGAUAUCAGAGCUCAUUCUUCUUUGGUUGCCAGAACACAUUCAAACUGGCUGGACAAACAUCUAAGCAUGACAAUGUGGUUCGAUGUCAGCCGACUGGAAUAUGGGACUUUGGUGAUCUGCGGUGCGAAGGACCGGUUUGUGAGGAUCCUGGUCGUCCUAGUGAUGGUCUUCAAAUUGCCAGGAGUUACGAACAAGGAUCGGAAAUACUCUUCGGAUGUUCUCGCCCUGGAUAUAUCCUAAUCAAUCCUCGUCCGAUCACGUGCAUGAGAGAGCCUGAAUGCAAAGUCAUUAAGCCCUUGGGCAUCUCGUCAGGCAGGAUCCCAGACAGUGCCAUCAAUGCCACAUCCGAGAGACCGAAUUACGAGGCUCGCAACAUUCGACUGAAUUCGGUGACAGGAUGGUGCGGAAAGCAGGAAGCUUUCACAUAUGUCAGUGUAGAUUUGGGUAAAGUUUACCGCGUGAAAGCGAUUCUUGUUAAAGGCGUUGUGACUAAUGAUAUUGUGGGACGUCCAACGGAGAUCCGUUUCUUCUACAAACAAUCUGAGAGUGAGAAUUAUGUGGUUUACUUCCCUAAUUUCAAUCUCACCAUGAGAGAUCCUGGAAACUACGGAGAGUUGGCCAUGAUUACAUUGCCCAAAUAUGUUCAGGCUCGCUUCGUGAUCCUCGGCAUUGUGAGCUACAUGGACAAUGCUUGUCUGAAGUUUGAAUUGAUGGGUUGUGAGGAACCUAAAACAGAGCCUCUGCUUGGCUAUGAUUAUGGAUAUUCUCCAUGCGUGGACAAUGAACCGCCAGUUUUCCAAAACUGCCCACAGCAGCCAAUUAUAGUUAAGAGAGAUGAAAACGGUGGAGUGUUGCCCAUAAAUUUCACUGAACCCACGGCUAUUGAUAAUUCUGGAUCCAUCGCUAGGUUGGAAGUGAAGCCACAGAGCUUCAGGACACCUAUUCAUAUUUUCCAGGACACUGUGGUGAAAUACGUAGCAUUCGAUUAUGAUGGCAAUGUGGCGAUAUGUGAAAUCAACAUCACAGUUCCUGAUGUCACUCCUCCUUUGCUCUCCUGCCCCCAAAGCUACGUUAUUGAAUUAGUAGACAAGCAAGAUAGCUAUAAUGUAAACUUCAAUGACACCAGGAAGAGGAUAAAGACAUCUGAUGAGUCAGGAGAUGUUCAUCUCACAUUCAUUCCUGAGAGAGCGACAAUUCCUAUUGGAGGCUUUGAAAAUGUUACUGUUGUGGCCAGAGAUAGGUUUAACAAUAAGGCUUCUUGUCACUUCCAAGUCUCCAUUCAAGCUACUCCGUGUGUAGACUGGGAACUUCAGCCACCGGUGAAUGGAGCAAUUAAUUGCUUGCCUGGAGACAAGGGCAUCGAGUGCAUUGCCACUUGUCGUCCUGGAUUCAGAUUCACUGAUGGAGAAUCCAUUAAGACCUUCUCUUGUGAGCAUUCUCGUCUCUGGCGACCGACAUCUGUGGUUCCAGAUUGUGUGUCUGAGAACACUCAGCAAGCUGAUUAUCACGUUACAGCUACGAUGACCUACCGCGCUAAUGGAGUUGUGUCUCAAUCUUGUCUGCCUCAGUAUCAGGAUCUGAUGGCUCAGUACUAUGGCAAUCUUAAUCAGGUGCUUUCGCAGCGCUGUUCGGCUGUCAAUGUGAAUAUGAACGUAUCUUUCGUGAGAUCCAUUCCCACACUCUUGGAGGACAAUGUUCUCAAGAUCGAUUAUAUUCUGGUAAUUAUCCCGGCAGUGAGACAGCCUCAGCUGUACGAUCUCUGCGGCUCUACGCUGAAUCUCAUCUUCGAUCUCGGAGUGCCGUAUGCAAGUGCCAUCAUUGAACCCUUGCUCAAUGUCACCAGCAUUGGCAAUCAGUGUCCACCGUUGCGUGGCCUCAAUAGUUCCAUUGCCAGAGGAUUCACAUGCAGUGUCGGUGAAGUACUCAAUAUGGAUACAAAUGAUGUGCCACGUUGUCUUCACUGUCCAGCUGGAACAUUCGCUGGAGAGGGUCAGCGAUCUUGCACCUACUGUCCGAGAGGAUUUUACCAGAAUCGUGAUCGCCAGGGCUCAUGCUUGCGGUGUCCGCCUGGAACGUACACCCGUGAGGAGGGAUCCAAGGCAAUCUCAGCUUGUGUCCCAGUUUGUGGAUACGGAACCUACUCUCCAACCGGACUUGUACCAUGUCUUGAGUGUCCCAGAAACUCAUACUCCUCUGAUCCUCCAACUGGUGGCUUUAAGGAUUGUCAGGCUUGUCCCGCCAACACUUUCACCUUCCAACCAGCGGCUGCGGGCAAGGAUCUUUGUAGACCAAAAUGCGCCCUUGGCACUUAUUCGUCAACUGGUUUAUCUCCCUGUUCUCCAUGCCCAACUAACUUCUACCAGGCAGUGCAAGGCUCCACGAGCUGCAAUGAAUGCCCUACAAAUAUGAAGACAGACAAACCUGGAGCUACAGGACGAGAGGAGUGUAAACCCGUUGCUUGUCAGGAGAAUACAUGCCAACACGGUGGUCUCUGCAUUCCCAUCGGUCACAGUGUUCAAUGCUUCUGCCCGGCUGGCUUCAGUGGACGUCGCUGUGAAGUGGAUAUUGAUGAGUGUGCUUCUCAACCAUGCUUCAAUGGCGGAACCUGCAUAGAUCUUCCUCAAGGAUACCGAUGCCAAUGCCCGGCUGGGUAUUCAGGAAUGAAUUGCCAGGAGGAAGUAUCUGAUUGUAAGAAUAACACUUGUCCAGCAAGAGCCAUGUGCAAAAAUGAGCCAGGAUACAAUAACUACACUUGUCUGUGCCGAAGUGGUUACACAGGAGUCGACUGUGACAUCACCAUCGAUCCCUGCACGGCCAAUGGAAAUCCAUGCUCCAAUGGAGCCACCUGCAUCGCUCUUCAGCAAGGACGAUACAAGUGUGAAUGUUUGCCAGGAUGGGAAGGCCCAGGGUGUGAAGAGAAUAUCGAUGAUUGCGCUGAGCGGCCUUGUCUGUUGGGUGCAAACUGUACAGAUCUUGUGAAUGAUUUCAGUUGCUCGUGUCCUUCCGGAUUCACAGGCAAGAGAUGUCAAGAGAAAAUUGAUCUGUGCUUGUCUGAGCCCUGCAAACAUGGAACUUGUGUGGACAGACUCUUCAGUUACGAAUGUGUUUGCCACCCAGGAUGGACAGGACCCAAUUGCAAUGUUAAUAUCAAUGAUUGCGCGAGUAGUCCUUGUGAGAAUGCUGGUCAGUGUAUUGAUCUGGUGGAUGGAUACUCGUGUACAUGCGAGCCUGGAUACACAGGAAAGAAUUGUCAGCAUCACAUUGACGAUUGUCAGAGUGAUCCGUGCCAGAAUGGAGCCACUUGCCUUGACCAAUUGGAUGGAUUUAUGUGCAAGUGUAGACCAGGCUUCGUAGGACUGCAGUGUGAGGCUGAGAUCGAUGAAUGCCUCAGUGAUCCCUGCAAUCCUGUCGGAACGGAGAGAUGCCUCGAUCUGGACAAUAGACACACUUGCCUCUGUCGAGAGGGCUUCACCGGAGCCAUGUGUGAAACUGAUAUUGACGAUUGUGAGAACUCCCCUUGUCUCAACGGUGGAAGCUGUCGGGACAGGAUCGGUGGUUUUGAAUGUCAAUGCGCUGAAGGAUGGAGUGGUGAUCAAUGCCAAAAUCAAAUCACGAUGUGUACGAGCCAGAAACCAUGCCAGAACGAUGCCACGUGCAUUGAUCUCUUCCAAGACUACUUCUGUGUAUGUCCAAGUGGAACUGAUGGGAAGCAGUGUGAAACAGCUCCAGAGCGAUGCAUAGGAAAUCCUUGCAUGCACGGUGGAAAGUGUCGAGACUUCGGAUCUGGGCUCAAUUGUUCUUGUCCAAUUGAUUAUGCAGGCAUUGGAUGCCAAUAUGAAUUUGACGCUUGCGAGGCUGGUGUUUGCCAGAAUGGAGCCACUUGUGUCGAUGAUGGUCCAGGAUAUCAGUGCCUCUGCGCACCAGGAUUCACGGGACAAAACUGUGAAAAGGACAUUGUGGACUGCAAAGAAAAUUCAUGCCCACCAGGAGCCACUUGCAUCGACCUCACUGAAAGAUUCUACUGCCAAUGUCCAUUCAAUCUCACUGGAGAUGAUUGCAGAAAAACCAUUCAAGUGGACUACGAUCUAUACUUCAGCGAUGCUGUGAGAUCCACAGCGGCUCAGGUGGUUCCAUUCUACACAGGAGGUGCUGAAAGUCUUACUCUGGCAUUAUGGGUACAGUUCUCCCAGAAGGACGACGCAGGAAUCUUCUAUACUCUCUAUGCUGUGGACUCUCCUCAUGUCCCAACGAAGAGAAGAAUGCUGCUUCAAGCUCACUCAAGUGGUGUCCAGAUUUCUCUGUUCCCAGAUCUUCAGGAUGCUUUUCUCUCGUUCAGAGAAUAUGCAACUGUGAAUGAUGGGCAGUGGCACCAUGUGGCUGUUGUCUGGGAUGGAAGAGCUGGACAAUUGAUGCUGAUCACAGAGGGUCUUAUUGCUUCCAAGGCUGAAUAUGGUGGAGGAAAGCAACUUCCUGAAUACGCUUGGGCUGUACUCGGCCGACCUCAGCCUGAAGGUGGUUUGACUGCUGGAGCAACUUAUACUGAAGCUGGAUUCCAGGGCAAAGUGACCAAAGCUCAAAUCUGGGGACGUGCGCUAGAUGUAACAUCUGAAAUUCAGAAGCAAGUCCGCGACUGUCGAAGUGAGCCUGUUCUCUACCGGGGCCUCAUUCUCAAUUGGGCAGGAUAUGAACUCACAUCUGGCGGCGUAGAGCGAAGUGUACCCUCAUCAUGUGGUCAGAAGAAGUGUUCUCCUGGCUACACUGGUCCUCAGUGCCAACAGCUGGAAGUUGACAAAGAACCACCGCAUGUGGAACACUGCCCAGGAGAUCUCUGGGUCAUUGCCCGCAAUGGAUCUGCCGUGGUGAACUGGGAUGAGCCACACUUCAGUGAUAAUAUUGGUGUUGUGAAGAUCGCUGAGAAAAAUGGUCAUCGCCCAGGUCAAACGCUGCUCUGGGGAAAUUACGACAUCACUUAUGUUGCUGCUGAUGCCGCUGGAAACACAGCCACAUGCACUUUCAAAGUUUCUCUCCUCUCUGAAUUCUGUCCUCCACUGUCUGAUCCUCUCGGAGGUACUCAAGUAUGCAAGGACUGGGGAGCAGGUGGACAAUUCAAAGUGUGUGAAAUUGCGUGCCAUCCUGGCUUGAGAUUCUCCGAAUCUAUUCCUGAAUUCUACACUUGUGGAGCUGAAGGAUUCUGGCGACCAACGAGUGAUCCAUCCAAACCAUUGGUGUAUCCUUCGUGUUCUCCAGCUAAACCCGCUCAGAGAGUAUUCAGAAUCAAGAUGCUCUUCCCAUCAGAUGUACUCUGCAACGAGGCUGGCCAAGGUGUUUUGCGCCAACGUGUCCGCAACGCUGUGAACUCCCUCAACAGAGACUGGAGCUUCUGUUCCUACUCUACAGAAGGCUCUCGAGAGUGCAAGGAUCUGCAAAUUGACGUAAAUUGUGAUCACUAUCGCGGUGGAAACUCAAACAGAGUAAAGAGACAGACUCCAGCUGAUGAUGAAGGUGGAAUUUACGUUCUGGAUGCUCAAAUUCCAGUUGAAAGUGAGACUUCGGAUGGCGCAAGAGGAUCCCGUCAGGGAAGACAGCAAAAUGGCGAUACAUACACACUGGAGAUCGCUUUUCCGGCAGUCAACGAUCCUGUACUGCAUUCAUCCACUGGCGAGAGAUCAGAUGUGAGGACUUUGCUGCAGAAGUUGAUUCUCGAGGAGGAUCAGUUCGCUGUGCAAGACAUUCUGCCCAACACUGUACCUGAUCCUGCAUCUCUGGAUUUAACAUCGGAGUAUGCUUGUCCUGUUGGCCAAGUCGUUAUGGUUCCCGAUUGCGUGCCGUGCGCUGUGGGAACGUUCUAUGAGACGUCCAACAAGACUUGUGUGCCUUGUCCGCGCGGUCACUAUCAGUCCGAGACGGGCCAGCUGCAGUGCUCCAAGUGUCCCAACAUUGCCGGUCGUCCGGGUGUCACAGUGGGUCCGGGAGCUCGAUCGGCGGCUGACUGCAAAGAGCGCUGUCCCGCUGGAAAGUUCCUCGAUCCUGACACUGGACUCUGUCGUCCAUGUGGAUAUGGCUUCUUCCAGCCACGCGAGGGAUCCUUCUCUUGUGAGCUGUGUGGUCUCGGACAGACGACCAGAUCGCCCGAAUCCACGUCCCGCGAUGAGUGCCGAGAUGAGUGUGCCAGCGGCAUGCAGUUGGGCGCGGAUGGGAAGUGCGAACCUUGUCCUCGAGGCACUUUCCGCACGCAAGGUGUGCAGCCAGCGUGUCACACUUGCCCAUUGGGUCGCACCACUCCCAAGGUCGGAGCCUCGUCGGUCGAGGAAUGUUCAUUGCCCGUGUGCACACCAGGAACAUACCUCAAUGGCUCAAUGAAUUUGUGUGUGGAGUGUGAAAAGGGAUUCUAUCAACCAGAAUCGCAGAAGACAUCGUGCAUACCUUGUCCACCGAAUCACAGUACAAAUACAACAGCAGCGACGAGCAAAGCAGAGUGUAUCAAUCCAUGCGAGACCAUUACUGAAGGACAGGCGCACUGCGAUCCCAAUGCAUACUGCAUCCUCGUGCCAGAGACUUCUGACUUCAUGUGCAAGUGCAAACCGGGCUUCAAUGGAACAGGAAUGCACUGCAUAGAUGUCUGCGAUGGGUUCUGUGAAAAUUCAGGCACGUGUGUGAAGGAUCUGAAGGGUACGCCCUCGUGUCGCUGUGCCGGAUCAUUCACGGGCCCCAAGUGCUCUGAGAGGUCAGAGUUUGCGUAUAUCGCCGGAGGAAUAGCCGGAGCUGUAAUCUUCAUAAUCGUGAUCGUGUUGCUGAUAUGGAUGAUCUGCGUGCGGUCUCAGAAGAGAAAGGACCCCAAGAAGAUGUUAGCGCCGGCCAUUGAUCAAACUGGGUCACAAGUCAACUUCUAUUAUGGCGCCCAGACUCCAUACGCCGAGAGCAUAGCGCCAUCGCAUCACAGCACCUACGCUCACUACUACGACGACGAGGAGGACGGCUGGGAGAUGCCCAAUUUUUACAAUGAGACGUACAUGAAGGAGGGCUUGCACGGGGCCAAAGUCAAUUCACUGGCCAGAUCGAAUGCUUCGUUGUACGGUACUAAAGAAGAUCUCUACGAUAGACUCAAGCGUCACGCGUACACGGGAAAGAAAGAUAAAAGUGAUAGCGAUAGUGAAGGACAAUAAGAGUGCAUUUCAAACAACGACUACAUCAACGAGAGCGCAUCAUAAGACGAUCUAAUUUAAUUAAAUUGUGUAGAUUCACUGUAUUUAUCUGAGCACAUUUUCUCCCUCGUCAUUUCUCCUCCAGAUAGAGAUUAUUCCGAAUGUAGCAACUCAUAGACAAGGGCUCAAAUCAUAAGAGGAGAGAAUGAACCGAAGCCUAAGAGUGAAAUCACUCAAUUUGGCAUAGAAAUACUCAAAAAUUAUUUACCCCACAACGCCUCUCCUUUCCCCUAAAAAAAUUAUAUGCAAAUAUGAAAGAAUUGUAUAGAGUAACUGUAAUAAAAUAACUAUGUUUUUAUACAGAGAAGAAUACUUUGUAAUUAAUACUUGGAAUGUUAAUUACCAAAGUUUAGAGUGAUUUAAACAGGUUUUUGAGAAGAUCACGAUGUUAAAGUAUAGCGAUAAAAAAAUCUGUUUGAAUCGCCUUUCAAGGUGGAGAGAGAUUUAUUAUGAAGAAAUUAUUUGUAUAAUUUGUAAUUGUCU